CCCAAUGGCAGCCUUCGUUGUUGAGGUGUGACGGGAAGAAGGUGUUGCAGAGGCACCACCCCUUCCCUUUGGCCGCCGGGCUGCCAUUGCGAACGCACGUUCCGGGUCUGUCUCCCGCGCCGCCUCCUCCCAAGAUGCGUUACGUCGCAGCUUACCUCCUAGCGGUUCUCGGUGGCAACGAGUCUCCCACCUCAAAGGACUUGAAAAAGAUCCUCGACAGUGUCGGCAUUGAGACGGACGAUGAACGCAUGAACAAGGUUAUUAGUGAGUUGAAUGGAAAAAACAUCGAGGAUGUCAUUGCUCAGGGCAACGGAAAGCUUGCCAGCAUGCCGGCCGGGGGAGCUGUAGCAGUGUCUGCUGGAGGCGGCUCUGCUGCUCCUGCUGCAGCUGCUGCCCCUGCUGCUGCUGAGGAGAAGAAAGAAGAGAAGAAGGAGGAAUCUGAAGAAUCUGACGAUGACAUGGGAUUCGGCCUAUUUGAUUAAUUAUUUGUUACAGAAAAAUUAUUAAAAUCCUUUGUUUAAAAUUUUUUUGUUACUUUUAUUAUAUACAUACAAAUGCUGUUGGAUUCAGACAGCUGUUCUUAAAAUAGCUCUGACAAAGCUUUGAUUUUUGUCUCUGUUUGAACCAGGUACAUGAAUUUUAGGACAAGCCGUGGGACUGUGCUCUCUCUGAGUGCUUAGGAAAUGGCUAAGCUGGUGUGACCUGGCUGCUUGUUUGGACACUGCUCUUUCUUAAACAGUAUGUGGAAGCUGAAUCUACCUGAUGUUAACUGUACUUUGCCUUCUCUGUACUGUUUUGCCAUCCCGAUUACUCAGAGCCCCAUCAGUUCAGCAAUAAAAGGAAUUUUAUUUUUCA